AUGUUCGACCUCGUGAAUUGGUUGAUGCUCAUGUGUUGCUGGUGCUGCGACCGCAAGGACAGGGACGAAGAGGAAUACGACAUCUCAGAGAGUAAACGCCGACAUGAACACGAACGUGAGGGAGAGAGUCGAGGCGGGUCAAGAGGGCAGGCCGGCGGGGGUGAGCAGCAGAGUCAAGGACAAGCACAAGGACAGCCGCAGCCAGAGAACAAGGAGGAGAAGAAAAAGAUGCCGCCGCGACUAGCGCAUGCGCCGGUGCUGGAGACGUCGUCAUGA